ACUAUGCUUUAUUAAAAAAUCUCAUGUAGAGAUGGUUUGUGUAGUUUGAAUAGGCUACUUUUGUCAGUCCCGGGGUGGAAGAUAUCAUUUCAACCUCAAUUCUUCCGCAGUCCCACUCACCGGUCCCAAGGACCACAAGUCCCACAAAGCAUUGGGCCCGCACGCGCUGCUCAUCACCUGGCAACUCAAACAAGCGUCGCGUUUGUGUGUACGUUUCCAUGUGGAGCUGUCACACGCACACACACGCACCUUUUAUCGUUAGAGCUCCUUGUAUUUUUAUCUGAAGAAACGUCGUGCUAUCAGCAGGCCCAGACAACGGCCCAGGAGAGGAACUACACCCAUGAAUGGAUUGCACGGUGUCAUCUGUUGGCUGACCUAUAUCACCAGGAUCCAACCUUUCUAACAACGGAUCAGUUACUGCAAGAUGAGUCUUGAACUUCAAGAAUUGGAAAGUUAACAGGCUGAUGAAACCGUCUUGAGAGAUGAUGAAUCGCUACACCACCCUGAAGCAGCUGGGAGAUGGCACCUACGGCAGCGUGCUGAUGGGGAGAAGCAAUGAGACUGGAGAACUGGUGGCUAUCAAGAGAAUGAAGAGGAAGUUUUAUUCGUGGGAAGAAUGUAUGAACCUAAGAGAGGUGAAGUCACUGAAGAAGCUGAACCAUGCGAAUGUGGUGAAACUGAAGGAGGUGAUCAGAGAGAACGAUCACCUCUACUUUGUCUUUGAGUAUAUGAAGGAGAACCUCUACCAGCUUAUGAAGGACAGAAAAAGAUUGUUCCCUGAGUCAGUGAUAAGAAACAUAAGCUUUCAGAUUUUACAAGGCCUGUCAUUUAUUCACAAAUAUGGUUUCUUUCAUCGAGACAUGAAGCCAGAGAAUCUGCUGUGCAUGGGUCCAGAACUGAUAAAAAUAGCAGACUUUGGACUGGCCAGAGAGAUCCGCUCCAAACCUCCUUACACAGACUAUGUAUCAACAAGAUGGUACCGAGCUCCAGAGGUCCUGCUGAGGUCGUCUACCUACAGCUCUCCUAUUGACCUGUGGGCUGUGGGCUGCAUCAUGGCUGAACUCUAUACUCUCAGGCCUCUUUUCCCUGGGAACAGUGAAGUGGAUGAGAUCUUUAAGAUCUGCCAAGUCCUAGGCACUGUCAAAAAGACGGACUGGCCAGAGGGCUAUCAACUAGCUUCUGCUAUGAACUUUCGCUUCCCCCAGUGUGUGCCGACCCACCUAAAGACCCUCAUCCCUAAUGCCAGCAAUGAGGCUAUCGCCCUGAUGAAGGACAUGCUGCAGUGGGACCCCAAAAAAAGACCCACUGCUGUACAGGCCCUGCGUUACCCAUACUUCCAGGUAGGCCAGAUUUUAGGGCCUCGCCCUCAGAGCCAGGAGGUUAGGAAGGUCCAGGCCAGACCGGUGGCUCAGAAGCAGGCCUCGGAGCUCAAGGCUGAUCCCCAGCAGUCUUCUUCUGAGUCCAAAGCCUCCACAUCCUCCUCUAGAAACCAACAGCAGGACCAUCAGCCUCUUCAGCAGAUCCCCCUUCCCCAAAGUGAGAGUAAACCAGGAGGCGUCAGCCAUGCAAAAGCAGCAUCGCUGGGCAGUGAGAACACUGUUGCUGGGAUGGGGGUGCUGAAAAGUGGCCGUCGUCGCUGGGGCCAAGCGCUGGCCAAGACCUCAGAGAGCUUGGAGGAAUCUGACCCGUCAGAAACCGCCGCUUCCAACUCCAAGAAACCCAGCCUGGGAAACACAGAGGAGGAGAGGAGCCCCAAGGAGCACCACCCACAGCCAAAGGAGCAGAAACCGCUGUAUUCCUUCAGCACAGUAACUAAGCUACCCAACAACGUCAGGGUGGGUCAAAUGGACUCCAGUCUCCCAGGAUCAGCAGCACGGCAGCACUAUCUCAGCCAGUCACGAUACUUGCCAGGGUUGAUCGGCAAGAAUCCGACUGCUGCUGGAGAUAAGGAGAUGAGUGGUAUGACGCUGCGGGACCUGUGGGAUAACUCCUCAAACACUGUAAAUAAACCCCUUGCUGCUAUUGGAGGAGGAUUAUCUGUCACCAGGGCCAACGCAGGGAACUUUGUAAGCACCAAGUACAACCUCUCUGGCGGUUAUAUGCCUUCAUUCCAAAAGAAAGAGGUGGGCUCAGUGGGACAGAGAAUCCAGCUUGCCCCUUUGGCUGGCCAGCACACAGUCAAUCUUUCUUCUUCUCCUGAUAAUAAAAAAGAGAAAGCAAAAUCUACCAAGCCCAAGCCCAUAUCCAACUCAUCUUUGAGUGAGCCCAAUGAAGAUUACGACGGCUGGAAGAGGAGGGCGGACAGGACUCAGGUGAAGGGGAGCAGCUACUCAGCCCUGGGGAAAACCUCUGGGAAUCUCCUGACCAGAGCUCCCGCCGUACAGCCUGUCCAUGGCAGGGUGGACUGGACAUCCAAAUAUGGUGGAAAUCGGUAGUUCAGAAAGAAGACGUACAGCUUGUUGGACUGUGCUGCCUAGUGGGACGCGUUUGGUACGUGACCAAAAGCAGAGUUUUAACCAUGCUCAAACUCAAACCUGGAGGAAAUUCUGUGUAUAAAAUUUGGUAUCUUCCCCAAGACAAAUCACAUUUUCUAAAAACCCAAUAUGCAGGUAGCUGGUAGGGGACAAAAAGUAAUGUCACUAAAGAUGUACGCGACCCAUCUGACAUUCCUUGAAGAAACAUUUUUCAUGCCGCUGGACGAUCAAUUUGUUCCCUUGGAGUUUCUCUUGACAGUUGCCAUGAUGCUGAACCACUCCUGGUUCCAGAAUCCAGUGUGAGCCAAUUCUUCUGUUAGUGUUAGGAUAUUCUGAGUAGGAUUUCAAUGUGGCAUAUCUCUUUUUUACUCUAGUUUUUAUUGUUAAGUUGUAUUGUUAAGUAAGUAUUAUUUUACAACCGACAACAAAGCAGAAACUUUUCCUAACGGUUCCUUCAAUUCUAUAUUCACUCUAUUAUAAUUCAUCAUAGGAAAAUCUUAAGUGUAAAAUAAUGAUGCACCAAUCCGACUUUCGCAGUCCUGAUACUGAUACCAAUACCUGGGCUUUAGGUAUCGGCCUACAAGUACCCAUCUGAUACCUGUGUAAAACGAAAAAGCUGUCUUCCUCACUGUGACGAAGAGGCUGGGAAUUAUUAUUUAACGUAUAAGGCAACAUUAUGCUUGACUUAUUGUUCCUAACUUACUAAAACAAAACGUUCAGGUCUACUGGUGCACUGCUGACGCAUCACGUAGUAUGCGUGUAAUUGAAUUAAAUAGAUCUGCCCCCUUGUCACAAUACCGAUUGAGUCAGUAUCGGAUUGGUGCAUCCCGAAGUGUAAUGGCUAUAAAAAUGAUUAUGUGAACUUGUUCUGCAUACUGCAAGACAACCGCACACCUAUUUGUUAUUAUGCAAUGAAUCAACUGAACAUUUUGUAAACAUUUUAUACUAAUAAAUUUAUGAAAAUUCA